AUGCCACUUUUUAAACCAUCGGAAAUACCUGAUAAUUCGGCGACGGUCCCGCCCGUCACUGGUUGUCGAGACGGUUGUGUGGCGAGCGGCUUUGACAGCUACCCACGCGGGUUGAUCGACCGAUGUUCUGUUGGUGGUAGGACGAACAUUUGGCCCAUACAUCCGGAUGUACAGCAGGCAAUACAGCUGGGCAAACAUUUAAACAUGAAGGCUGUCGUCCGUGGUAUGAGAGGCACUGGAAAGUCCACAGUUGUCUCGAGGCUCUGCGGUUACGUGCCCGCUACUCGCUAUACUCCAUCAACAGGGAUCAGCGCUGGGACGUUUUUUUAUAGAAGCCGCACUUCAACCAAUACUAUGGUAGAGUGUGGGGGAGCAAAGGUUGAGUUAUGGGAUGUUGUCGACGAUGCAACACCCUCUGGCACAUCCGGCACGGUAGCGGAUAUGCACACCGUGGAUGUUUACCGCGGCUGCCAUGUCGCUCUAUUUGUCAUUGAUAGGAGACGGAAAGAGUCGCUCGAGUACGUUGUGCGUGAAGCGCCCCACGUCCCACCAACCACAUGUAUCGUAAUUGUAAUUAACUUCCGCGAUGCCCCCAGGGAGUCGCUUGUUGUGUCGGAGCGUGACGUUAGUGCCGUGUGCAAAUCCCUUCGCCGGACGACAACUCCGAUGGUUUUGGCGGUGUCUGGCGGUCGACCGCCUCUGGAAUGUUAUUCGACGUCGGCAAUAUUUGUGAGCAUCAGUGCGGUGACAGGUGAUGGCAUGGAAUCCCUAUGGGAUGCUUUUGAGACGCCAUUCCUCCUUGUUAAGGUGCUGUCGCUUGAAGGGGAGAUAAAUUCUUGUUUCCAGCACAUUGAGCGUCAUAGCACCCGGACAUUAGACGAGUCAGCAAGGCGCCAGUUGCAUGAGAAGGAGGAACUGCGGAGGUUGCGCAAGGAGAGAGAAAUGGGUGAGGCACGCAGUGGACAUAAUCCCCGCAGAGGCGAUUGCGCCCCGCCGACACCGCGAAGAGAAGUCCUUUCCCUCACGCACGCGACGACGCGCGGUUGCGGAGGCGUGGUGUGUGAGGAAGAGGAUGUGGAGGAAAAUGGGAUAGCGAAGGGCUUCUUUGAUGACCUUGAAGGUGAUGAGACAUGUGAAGAAUGCUUUGGGGACGUUGGCGGCCAUAUUGGUGUCCAGAGCAGCGAGGCUGCAGCGGACGACGAGGCGGAGACGCUCAGCAGCAGCCAUAAUGCUAGUUGUGUCCGUCGUUUGCCAUCCCCAGUUGUGGCAGCGGCCGCAUCACUGUUACGGGGGGACAAAGCAGUAGCAGGGGAUUCAUUAACUUCUAUUGGCGGUUAUACUGAUAGUUUCCAUGCGAACAUGCCCCGAACAAGCAAUUUGGAGGGGAGCACGUUUGACGGUCGUGGUGGCGGUUUUAGUUUAGGGGAGGCGGCGACGUUGGACGAUGGUUUCUUUAGUGUCGGGGGAGAUGAAGAGGAAGAGGAGUUACGCCUGACAGAUGAAGAGUCCCUUGCAGGAAACGGCAGCGAUGCUGAUGAGAGUCUACCACCAAGGACUCGGAUACAGUUGAAGGAACCCGUGUCGGUGAAUUCCCUACCGGGAGCUGAACAGUCGGCGGUGAUGACAUCCAGCAUGAAGGCAAAUAUCGAUGUUCUUUUACGAGAAAUGCAGAGCGUAUUGCUAACGUCAACCGGAUCUAAACCCAAGUCACGGCCAGAGCGCAGUAGCAGGCAAAGAAGCAACCGCGACCGCAAAAAUAGGGAGUUAAGACGCCGGAGGGCGCAUGGCGCCGCUGAGUGUGGGGAGAAAAAGGAGAUACACUGUGACAAAUACGAUGAUGGAACGUUUGAGGUUAUACGAGAUUGA